AUGCUCAGAGUAGGAUAAUGCUAGGAUCUACCGAUUCCAACUAGUUAGGAUAUUAGUGGGACAGCGUUAUCAAUGUUCUUCAUAUUCUUUUUUUUGGGGAUUGGAUCGUUCAUGAAGGAGAUUAAUAAGAAAUUAAAGAUUCCAUUUUCUCCAAUGCUAUUUGUUUUGGGAUUGUUUUUCGGAUUUUAUUGGGAUUCAUUGGGUAUCAUUGGGCAAAGUUGUAAGAAGGUCAGCGAAAUCGAGCCGAUCGGAGUGUUACUAAUAUUUCUGCCAACGUUAAUAUACGAAUCUGGAUACAACUUCGAUUGGCACUUAUUCAAGAGACUGUUUGCUUAGACUGCAAUAUUGGCAUUUCCUUGCGUGAUAAUAUUAUCUACAUUAUUGUAAUUGUCUGUAAAAGUAAUACUAAACUACGGGGAUGAUUAUUUUACUUGGGAGAGUGCUUUCAUGUUUGGAGCAAUGUUGAGUUGUACAGAUACAGUUGCAGUGUUGGCAUUAUUGAAGGAGAGUGGAGCAUAAAAGAAGUUUUAGAGUUUGAUAGAAGGAGAGAGUUUAUUGAAUGAUGGGGCAUGUGUAAUGUUAUUUUAGAUAUCAUACGGGAUAGUGAGGGGUAGAUCUGCAUCUGCAUUUGAUGUAGGGUCUUUGUUCUUUACAUUAUGUGUGGGAGGAACAUUGAUUGGAUUAGUGUUUGGAAUGGCAUGUGUUUAUUGGAUAAAGAAGAUAGCAAACGAUGAGAUUCUCGUAUUGAACAUAACAAUAGUCUCAGCCUUUUUAGUGUAUUUCAUAUCUGAGAAUGUUGACUUUGGAGUACACAUAUCUGGUGUCUUAGGGUUGGUAUCAUUGAGUUUAUUUAUGGCAGCAUUUGGGAGAUCUCGAAUAUCUCAUGAGGCUGAUCAUGCAUUGAGAGAGUUUUGGGAAUAUGUAGUAUUUGCAAGUGAAGUCAUCAUUUUCAUCUUGGGUGGAAUCAUUGCAGGAAUUAGAGUAUUCAAGGAUGAAAGUGAAAUAACAUAAUUGGAUUUCUACAAGAUGAUUGCUCUUUGGUGGUGUUUGAUGGGAUGCAGAUUCAUCUCCAUAGCAUUAUUCUAUCCAUGGCUUAAGAAUCUGGGUUAUGGAUUGUCAUGGUCCUAGAUAUUGGUCUUAACCUAUGGAGGGUUGAGAGGAUCUAUUGGUAUUGCCUUUGCUCUAAUCGUUGCAAAGGAUGAAUCAUUACCUACUAAAUGGAGGGACAUCAUCCUAUUUCAUAUGUCAGGCAUUGCUGUUUGUACUCUUGUUGUUAAUGGUACUACUCUCUCUUUGUUGAUCAAAUUGUUGGGUCUGUCUACGUAAUCUGAUAUAAGAGAGAAGAUUUAUUCCAAUUUCUUAACUAAGUUGAAUGAAGAGAUAGAAUAUGAAUGUAAAAAAAACAAUGAAUUGAAGUAUUUGAAAGAGGCUGAUGUUGAAUAUGUCAAAACUCUUAGUGGCUAUAAGGUCUAUUAAUCGGAUUGCAAUUAAAUUAUUGAUAAAUUGGCUAAGCAUGAGAAGGCUUAAAAGGAAAUUCAGAUGAAGAACAUCCAUCAACCAUUAAUGGAUGAGGAAGAGGAUCAAGAAUUAGAUCAAAAUCUAUUGACAGAAAUCAGAAGAAUCUUUCUUAUGGCAUUGAAAGGAAUCUAUAUGGAGUAAUUCGAAUCUAAUCAAUGCAGUCCUGAUACAAUUAUUCUUUUGACUGAAAGUGCUAAUUUGGAUCUUGACAAUGACAAAGAACCCAUGAACUCGUGGGAAUUCUUGUAAAGUCAAUUUUCAGAGAGAUACAUCAAUUUACUAUUCUACAUGAAGGAUAAGUUUCUCAUUGGAAUCCUAGCUAGAAAUCAUUUAUUUUAAUACAUCUAUACAAUUUAUGAUGCUGUUUCUGUGUAUAUUGAAGCUAUCACCAUAUUAAAGGAGGAGGCAUCGCAUUACCAUUUUUCAUAAAAUCUAUUGUUGGAAAUAUCCUGA